GUUAGUUGACCAAUCACCGUGGUCGCUGACACACCCUUCAAAUGUCAUUUUUUUUUAUACCGCAUACGAGUGAGACAAAAAUUAAAGAAUAAUUAAUUAGCGCUGAUUUUAAUUUUGUGAAAACUUUACCAGCAAAAUUUGAAGUCACAAAGACGGAUUCGAGAUCAGAGAAUUUAAUUACUACUGUGUCGGGUGUUUCACAAAAGAAAUCACCAUGUCGGAACAACAGAUGGACUGCGCAUUGGAUCUCAUGAGGCGCCUGCCGCCACAGCAGAUUGAAAAAAAUCUUAGCGAUUUGAUCGACUUAGUGCCCACAUUGUGUGAAGAUUUGCUCUCGUCCGUUGAUCAGCCGUUGAAAAUAGCUAAAGAUAAGGAAUCUGGCAAGGAUUAUCUCCUCUGCGAUUACAAUCGAGAUGGAGAUUCGUACAGAUCACCUUGGAGUAACACAUACGAUCCUCCUCUAGAAGAUGGAUCAAUGCCUUCAGAGAGGCUUAGAAAAUUGGAGAUAGAUGCAAACCACGCAUUUGACCAAUAUCGUGAGUUGUACUUUGAGGGCGGGGUUUCGUCAGUUUACUUAUGGGAUUUAGAUCACGGUUUUGCUGGAGUUAUUUUAAUCAAAAAGGCCGGAGAUGGUUCAAAGAAAAUCAAAGGCUGUUGGGACUCCAUACACGUGGUCGAAGUCCAGGAAAAAUCUAAUGGCAGGACCGCCCACUACAAACUAACGUCCACCGCUAUGCUGUGGCUACAGACAAACAAACACGGUUCUGGUACGAUGAAUCUUGGCGGCAGUUUAACCCGACAGGUUGACCAGGACGCUGCGAUAAGUGAAACGUCUCCACACAUCGCAAACAUCGGUCGAAUGGUCGAGGAUAUGGAGAAUAAAAUACGUAAUACACUGAACGAGAUCUAUUUCGGUAAAACGAAAGAUAUAGUUAACGGAUUGAGAUCUGUACAGUCUCUGGCAGAUCAAAGGCAGCAGGCUGCAUUAAGGCAAGAUUUAGCAGCCGCUUUGCAAAAGCGACAUGCGAACAAUUGAUCUCACGAGCCUCACGAGAGCUUCUACUACGAUUGUGAUUAGAAAAGAGAAAAAAACAAUUAAUAACGAGAAGGCUGCACGUACGACGUUGUAGGAUCGAAUUGUUAUUCUUUGUUUGCAAUCUGAAAGAAAUACUAAAAAAAAAAAAAAAUGAAAUUUUUAACGUUUCAAAUGGUUCUGGAAGUAAAUUUUUUUUAACGCAUUGGAAUAAUAUAAAUAGUUAGUUUCUAUCAGACGUUAAACUAACCUUGAACGAAUAUCGUGAUGUUUUUUUGUUUCUCUUGAGUAUUCCAUGUGAAAAAUAAUAUCACUCUUUCGUUUAUUGGUUUCAAGGCAAAGGUAUUUCAUGUUUUCUGUUCCAUCUUGUCCGAUUAACAACCUUAUAAAAAACCAGCGAAGGAUGUGGGCUUGCACAAAAAAUUCAAAGCUUUCAUCUCUGCUUUCUGGGAAACUAAUGAAUUUUGUAUGUCGCCAUGCCAAUGUACAUCGGCAAAAAAAUGAUUUUCCAUUGAAAAUCAUCGUACUUCGGUAUUGAUUGAUAUUGUUUCAACGAUAGCAAAUUUGUAUCUCGAUUCGUUUAACGUUAGUACUUCUGAGAACUUGUAUACUUAAUUCAGUACGGUGAUCGAGUACACCCAAGACUGCAUAUUUUUUUUAUAGGUAAGCUAUUGCUUGAACUAAGAAGUAUUUUGGUCGUGUUCUUUUACCGCAAUUAUUAGCUCAAGUAAAUCUCCGAGACAUCAACUCACAUUUCGAUAAACUCUCGAAAACCGAAGUAUCGCUGAAACACAAUAACUACAUUUUUUUAUCGCUUAUUCAAUUUCGGCGUCUAGCUGAAGUUGCUGUUAUUAUACCCACCACUGGAUUCGUCUCAGCCUCAAUUGAUUUGUUAUUAUUUCGUUGAUCAAUAAUUACUCGUCUGGUAAUGAUAAUCUAAUGAAUAUAAAUGUUCGCUGCAGAAGGUUGCGGUGAGAAAAGUCUACAUAAUUUAAUUAUUGCAAAGCAAUCGAUUACCUAUGCGCGUCGUUGAUUAAACAAUAUGUGUAACGAAACAUAAGGUGUUCUAAUGAAAUACCCGAAUGACUGCCAAUUUACAUUGUUUUUCAUCAUGAGACAUUUUUUAUAAAUAUAUACAUAGUAUAUCCAAUUAUAUGCAUAUGUAAGCAGAGCAGUCGCCAAAAUGUCGCACCUUAUACCAUGUAUUAUGCAGGAAUAAUUCAGUUCAAAAACGCGAAUGAACUAAAAACUUCUCAAGCUUCUUCUUAAGAACCAUUUAAUUAUUAGUAUGCCAAAUUAUUGACAUCACAUUAGCUUCACGAUAUCCAUAUUAAAAAAGUCAGGCAACAAAGACCUCGUUUUUCACUUCUCGUUUCGUUGAACUCUCGAAUCAAUGAUAUCGACACAUGUUUUCCAUACUACGGUGCUGAAUUUAUGCGAAUAUGAAAAAUGCCACCGAACUGACCGGAGGAUAUUAUUUUCUGUCAUCUCUAAUGAUAAUAAGAAUAUUUGUUUCACGUUAUUCUAGAAUUAUGAUCCACAAUUCAUUCGAAUCGUUUCAUGAGCUUUACAUUUUUCAUCGUGGAGACUGUUUUACAAAUGAAAUAGUUAAAUAUCAAAUGGUUUAUUUAUACUACCUACAUUUUAACGGCACAUUCAAUCCAGGUCGAUAUUGAAUUAUAGUAUACAAAUUAUAAGUCAAAUGAUCGAAGAUAAAUAUAUGAUACAAUUAGUAUUAUUAGAUGUGAAUUUUUUCUUUUUUAUUUUCUCUUCAAACUGAAAUCAAACCCUACGCCGUAGGUGUACUGUCGUAUCUAAUUACUAUUAUUAUUGUUGUUCUAUAUAUAUAUAUAUAUAUAAAAAGAGAAGAAAACAUGAAAAAAACUAAAACUUUUGUAUCGCUAUUGUUAAAGGGUGGCGUAAGUGAUUAUUUUAUAAAUAUCUUUUCUUUUUUUUUCUCUUGUCUAUUGUACAUAGUAUGUAUAUGUACUAUUUUAGACAUGAAUACAGUAGCAGAGUAUAAUUAUCAUAUUGUACGAUUAUUUAGCCAAUUUGUUGAUGACUUAUUAGUUGAUGAUAAUGAUUUUGUCUCGAUCAUCGAUUAUUCCUGGUAACUACUUAUACCGCGGGCCCCCCAAUUACGAAGAGGUAAUCGCCAAUUAUUAUUAUAAUCAUUGUCAAAAUAUAGUAUAUCGAUCACCUAAGAUGUAUUAUUAUCUGUUACAGAUGUACCCGUGCCUCUGUUAUCAAUACAUUAUUAUUUAUAAUGAAUUAUACGUUCAAUUAUUACCAUCAUUUGUCAUAAUUUGCUCAACGACAAGUCACCUCGAUUCUAAUGUAAAUUGAAAAAUUGGACACUCGUUUCACUUACCUUGGAGUAUAUCAAUGGAAUAAUUGAACGCUAAGACAUUAUAGUUGAUUUCACACUUUGUAAAUAACCUUAUGAAGCAAUGACGUGAUUUAAAACUGCAUUUGAUCCUAAUCGAAGCAAUACCAACAAAACUAUCCGACCAAUAAUAUUCAUUCGGUGUAUAGGAACUAUAAAAAAAUUUGAAAAGAUGAUCUAGUUUCCUGAUUCAUUUCACCGUCAAGGUCGGUGGAGAAAAAAAUCACAUUUAUUUAUUAAUUCCCACAAUUAUUACAUAGGACAACAGUUUGUUUUUUUGUUUUGUUAUUUUUUUCUUCCUCUUUUUCUAGUAGUUCAGCAUUUUCAAUUAAUUAUCGUUAUACCCUAAUAAGUCGUAGUAUAUGUAUAUAUGUGUAUAUGUAUAGAAAUAAUCGUUUGCUUGAUUAGUAGAAAUUUUUAUUUAAUCUUCAUUUUUUUAUUAGGUAGUACCCCACCUUACCCAUUUAUCAAUCAUCGUCGUGAUACCCUUCCUACGACUAUUUCAAAAGUGAAUUUGGGAGGCAAGAUUUAAUUGAUUAUUAAAUUUAUUUAUUUUUUUUCUAAUUUUUUUUUUCCCAAGUACUACGUAUACACGUACGCAUUUAACCAUCUCACUAUCCUACAUAUGUAUAGGUUGUGUCGGCUCUUGAAAUGCAGUGCCGUUUUGAUUGUAACAAAACUACAAGUUAAACGUAAAAGAAAAAAAAGCUUAAUUGCCAUCGAAAACGAGGUAGGUUCUGUCGAUUUAGGUCCCGAUGAUGGAGAUAGUCCAA